AUGGAAGCCUGGACUCCAAGGACCUGGGCUUCUCCUGUUUCGGUCGUGCGUUGCCUGGGGCUGAACCCGGGACCGACGACACGCAGCUGCAGGUCACGCUGGUCGACUGCCCCGGGCACGCCUCCCUCAUCCGGACCACUCAUUGGCGGUGCCCAGAUCAUUGAUCUGAUGAUGCUCGUGAUUGAUGUGACCAAGGGAAUGCAGACACAGUCCGCAGAGUGCCUUGUGAUUGGCCAGAUCGCCUGCCAGAAGCUGGUUGUGGUGCUGAACAAGAUAGACCUGUUAGCAGAAGGGAAGAGGCAGGCAGCGAUUGACAAAAUGACCAAGAAAAUGCAGAAGACUCUUGAGAACACCAAAUUCCGGGGUGCACCUGUUAUUCCUGUGGCAGCCAAGCCUGGAGGACCAGAGGCCCCUGAGACAGAAGCUCCACAGGGCAUCUCAGAACUCAUUGAGCUCCUGAAGUCCCAGAUUUCCAUCCCAGCAAGAGACCCCUCGGGACCAUUCCUUAUGUCUGUGGACCACUGCUUCUCCAUCAAGGGUCAGGGCACCGUGAUGACUGGAACCAUCCUUUCAGGCACUAUUAGCCUCGGGGACAGUGUGGAGAUCCCUGCCCUCAAGGUGGUGAAGAAAGUGAAGUCCAUGCAGAUGUUCCACACACCCGUCACCUCUGCCAUGCAAGGAGAUCGACUGGGCAUCUGUGUCACCCAGUUUGACCCCAAGCUGCUGGAACGUGGGCUGGUGUGUGCACCUGAGUCUCUGCACACCAUUCACGCAGCCCUCAUCUCUGUGGAAAAAAUCCCUUACUUUCGGGGGCCCCUGCAGACUAAAGCCAAGUUCCACAUCACAGUGGGCCAUGAGACAGUCAUGGGCCGCAUGCUCUUCUUUAGCCCUGCUCCCGACAGCUUUGACCUGGAGCCCAGACUUGAUUUCUUCGACCUCUCCCGAGAAUACCUCUUCCAAGAGCAGUACCUAUGCAAAGACUCCAUGCCCACAGCCACAGAAGGUGGUGAUGAGGUGGACGUGAAAGCAGGCCACACCCCAGGGGGCCAGUGCCCCAAGCAACAAUGGGCCCUGGUGGAGUUUGAGAAGCCAGUUACCUGCCCCCGACUAUGCUUGGUGAUUGGCUCCAGGUUGGAUGCUGACAUUCAUACCAACACAUGCCGGCUGGCCUUCCAUGGUGUCUUGCUACAAGGACUGGAAGAUAAGAACUAUACAGAGAGCUUCCUGCCAGCACUGAGGGUAUACAAGCUGAAACACAAACAUGGUCUUGUGGAGCGGGUAAUGGAUGACUACAGUGUGAUUGGACGCUCCCUGUUCAAAAAGGAGACCAACAUCCAGCUCUUUGUGGGGCUUAAGGUGCAGCUGUCCACAGGGGAGCAGGGCGUCAUCGACAGUGCCUUCGGCCAGAGUGGCAAGUUCAAGAUCCACAUUCCUGGUGGCCUCAGCCCUGAGUCUAAGAAGAUCCUGACGCCUACACUCAAGAAGCGGAACCGAGCUGGCCGUGGGGAGACCACUAAGCAAGAGGAGGGCACCGAACGGCCAGAGCCCAUGCAGCCUGUGACACUCAGUCUGUCUUUCAAGCGCUAUGUCUUUGACACCCAGAAGCGCAUGGUACAGACUCCCUAAGUGAACCAGUCCCCCAGGGCCUCCUGCCUCGCUGCAAGCCAGACUACAGUACCAGAUCCCCUCCCCCGACGUGCCUCAAUCUCCCCAAUCCUGCAGGCAGCACCAUUUUACUGCCAUCCCCACUGAUGAUGAGCCCCACUGAGAAAACCUGCCAUCCCUUCACCCACCCAGGAUAACUGCUAGGUCCAGCUAGGAAAGGGCCUUAGCAGAGCCAGCAACCUGGGCCCCACAGGCUUCCCCAGUUAGGGUGUCUGCAGCCACUGUCAGCCCUAUCCCAAGUAGCUGGCACCCUGCAACUGGAAAUAAACAUCCCAUAUGUGACCUA